GACAAAUAAAAAGGCCAAUCCAUCAUCAACUACCUUACCCAACUCAUCUCUCUCCCUGUGUGUGGGAGGAUGAUGGGGAAACAAGGCAUUGAAGCUCCGCUUUUGGCGCAGGACAGGCAGGCCAUUAGGAAGCGGUGGCUCAGAGCUCUGUUGCUUCUUCUUCAAUUCAUCGCCAUAGCUUGCUUUGUUAGCAUUUCACUAGUUGGCAGCAAGGGUUUCUGGGAAUUGAGAGCGAACAAGUAUGAUAAGAUUGGAGAGGCUGACAUUAUCGAGUCAGAUGAGGCGGUUGUUGCAGCUGAUGAUGGUCGUUGCUCCGAAAUUGGCGCAUCUAUGCUUAGACAGGGUGGGCAUGCUGUUGAUGCUGCAGUCGCAACCUCCUUGUGCCUUGGUGUGGUCAAUCCAAUGGCUAGUGGAAUAGGAGGUGGAGCUUUCAUGCUUGUUCGAUCUUCAUCAACAACACAAACUGAAGCAUAUGAUAUGAGGGAAACUGCUCCCUUAGCUUCCUCGCAGGACAUGUAUGCAAACAAUUCUGCGGCAAAGUAUUCAGGUCCAUUGUCGAUAGCUGUUCCCGGUGAGUUGGCUGGCCUUCAUGAAGCUUGGUCGAAAUAUGGAAGACUGCCAUGGAGGAUCUUGUUCCAACCAGCCAUUAGACUUGCUAAGGAUGGAUUUGUUGUUGCUCCAUAUCUUGCAUUAGCCAUUGCCAGCAAUGCAAAAACGAUUCUUACUGACCCUGGCUUAAAACAAGUGUUUGCACCAAAUGGGAACUUGUUACAAGCUGGUGAGAGAUGCUACAAUGUGGAACUUGCGAGGAGCUUGGAGGCAGUAGCCGAGCAUGGACCGCAAGCUUUCUACAAUGGAACAGUCGGUGAAAAGUUAAUUAAAGAUGUGAGAAAGGCUGGUGGGAUUAUGACAAUGGAGGACUUGAGGAACUACCAAGUAGACAUAACAGAUGCAAUCGCUGUGAAUACAAUGGGGUACACCAUCUUAGGAAUGCCACCGCCAUCAAGUGGAACGCUUGGGCUUUCUCUGGUCCUAAACAUAUUUGACAGCUACAGAAGUCCUGAUGCGGCAGCAGGAUCUCUAGGCCUACACCGCCUGAUUGAAGCAUUGAAGCACAUGUUUGCUGUCCGGAUGAACCUAGGCGAUCCCAACUUCGUAAAUAUUAGUAAUACUAUAUCUGACAUGCUUUCUCCCUCUUUUGCUAAGAAACUUCAGCAAAAAAUAUUCGACAACACCACAUUUCCUCCUGAAUACUACAUGUACAGUUGGAGCCAGCUUAGAGAUCACGGCACCAGCCAUUUAUGCAUUGUAGAUGCAGAUCGCAAUGCUGUAUCAGUGACUACAACAAUAAAUUAUGGUUUUGGUGCCGGGCUGCUCUCACCCUCUACUGGCAUCAUUCUGAAUAAUGAGAUGGGCGACUUCUCAACACCAACAGAAACAUCGCCUGACAUCCUACCACCUGCCCCGACUAACUUUAUCAGCCCGAACAAGAGACCCUUAUCCUCCAUGACCCCAAUCAUCGUUCUCAAGGACAAUCAGUUGGUUGGGGUUAUAGGCGGCAGUGGCGGCAUGUCCAUAAUUCCGGCAGUGGUCCAGGUUUUCAUUAACCACUUCAUCUUGGGGAUGGAACCUUUGGCUGCUGUUCAGAAUCCAAGAGUCUACCACAAGUUGAUUCCAAAUGAAGUCCUGUACGAAAACUGGACUGUCAUCAAUGGCGACCACAUCGAGCUCGCUGAGAAGAAGAAGGAGUUCUUAAGAGAAAGAGGCCAUCAUCUCCGGGCAAGAUCUGGUGGAGCUAUCUGCCAGCUUGUGGUUCAAACUUUUGACAAGGCCAUGAACUUGAUGGGGAGAAAACACGGACGAGCUUCUGCCACAGAAGUCUUUCAUGGAACACUUACUGCUGUCAGUGAUCCCAGGAAAGAUGGGAGGCCUGCAGCUGUCUGAUUGAUCCUUUCUUGCUCUGUUCAAAUUGGUGGAUUCAUAGAAUUAUUAUUUGGAAUUGGGUGGAUCUCUUUAAGUUAGUUCUGUUGUAAUGUAUUAUUGUUUAUUUGGACAAGAUUUAGACAUUCUUCCCCCCCCCCCCCCCCCCCCCGGCGCCCAUUUUGUAACUAUUGGAGACCACUUAUACUACCACUUGAUGGAAACAUGAUCUGCAUCACAAAUCAGCUCUA